AUGGACGACCUGGAAACUUGGUUUGGGGCUGCACGGUCAGGUGACGUUUCCUUACUAGCUUCAUAUGCUCUCGCAUAUGCUAGAACAACCUCUGCUCUUGGGAGGACUGCCCUUAUGCUUGCUGCAGAGAAUAACCAUGCAGACGCCUGUACCAUUCUAAUGGACCUGGAAGGCGGAACUCUGGAUAACGAUGGGCAUAGUGCCCUCUUCUAUGCAGCACAGGCUGGAGCACACAAGGCCUGCUCCGUCCUUUUGCAAAAUGACCAAGAACGUGGUGCAGAAUCUCCCUUCUCUUUUUAUACUGCGGCUCUGGCCUCUCGUUCACAAGAGAUACUUGUAGACCUUCUAAAUACUUUCCCACUAGACCAGGGCCCCGGUAAUAUUGCAGUUUUAUCCGUUGCAGCUAGUAAUGGCUCUAUUGAACUCGUUAGGUUGCUGCUGGAUUCAGGCCAUGUGAAAUUUCGAGAAAUAUGUCAGGCACUCUGUUACGUGAAGGAGCCUACCGAUGCCGUUGCAGCCCUUCUUCGAGAGCACCUCCGAGCUUUCCAUGAUAUCGUCAAUAGUUCACAUCCCAAAGAGGAUUACUUUACUGAGUUCUUUACCGAGUUGCAGGAAGAAGUUUAUGCAGUAACAAAGCUGUUGAUAAAUGCAGGACUUAUAAAGUUAUCGACGCAGGACCGUUUUGCUGCGACAGACUCAUCUGCAUGCUCUCUGGGAGUUUCUCAUGGGGCCAUAAAAAAGGCCCAGCCGCCGCUGAUCUCUCAAUUAUCAUAUCUCGGUGUUGUUAAGGAUGCAAUAGCUAAUGCAGAAGCCAAGUAUGCUGCUCUCAAGAGCGCCAUGGAUCAGGCAAUGCACGAUGCUCCAGAGUAUCAAGGUCAAUAUGAGGCUUUUAUGGUUGAUUUGUGGCGCUUGGUGCAUCUGCAGGAUAACCAUUUGACAAACAUUCAAGCGAAUACGUCCCAUGUAUGCGAGGUGUGCGGAAUAUAUGAUGCAGAGUUUCAUAAGCUUCGCUGUGAAAACUUGCAAUUGCUCCAUGAGAUUGUUAAGCUGAAGAAAGAGAUUUACAAGAAGGAUAAACAGAUACUCGACUUGACUACAGAGAGGGAGAACGCUAAGAGCUCUGUAGACAGCGAACUAGACGCAAUUGUCACUAGAGUCUUUAGCGAUAUUGCUGACUUUAGGGAUAAGUUAGCCUAUCUCAAGGCAGUAAGUUUAGCAAAGGACGAGAUCAUUGAAGAGAUGCGGGUGGAGCUUGAUAAAGUCAAGAUAGGGACGUUAUUGUACCCCAAGCCAAUCACCAGCAUUGAGCAGGAGAGAGAGGACAUCUGCUUGGGUCUUUCUCCGACCAUACAGAACAAGGCAGUGCUGAGCCCGCAGCAGGGACCAGGCCAGCAUUCUAUUAUGAGGGCUCCCCUAAUAUCACGGGUCGUAGAAACAGAUGAAGCAUCUACCUCUACGCAGGCUGCACUAGAGCUGAAGAUUCAGGAGCAGGAUGCUACCAUAAGCAACUUGAAUGCAGAGCUGAAUACCAUACUUGAGGCGUUCAAUGCUGCCAAGCACCUGUCCACAGACAAGCUGAAGAAAGUCACUGCUAACGUCGAUUUACUCAUCGGCGAAAUCAAUCGGAUUGCAAAGCUCUUUGAUAUCAAAAGUCCUGACGGUUCUGUGAACACUCUUCCCAGCGCAAUUGUUAGUCAUGUGGUUAGCCUACAAUCUCAAUUAAGCAAGGAAAAAGAUGAUAACAAGCGCUGCAGGGAGCUUUUGAAGCAGCAAGACAAUGAUAUCCAGUAUUUGAUGAGUAAGAUCACUUCCAGUGGCCGGAAAGAUGCUGACUUAUCAUCAAUUAUUGCAAAGUAUGAAUUGCUGGCAGAAAAAAUUGAGACAACUAAUCAGCUCGUUGAGUCUCUUUCUCGUGAGGGCUCUCCUGUAAUAUGCAGGGCCACGAGUCCUCUCCGAAUAAGCCGCUCUCUUACUCCUGCUGUCUACUCUGCCACGAUGUCUCCAGGAACAACGGGGGCAGAAAACUUAUGCUCGUCUCCUAGCGGCAAUCAAACCAUUCACGCCGAGGCCGAGAUCGAGAAGCUCAGAGAGACAAUUUCGGAACUAACGCAACUCUUAGUCAACAAGGACGAGAAGAUCAAAAGCCUGUUAGAGUCGAUAUCACUUCUUCAAGCAGAGCUUAUUACAGACGACUUUAGUAAGGAUCGGCCCGGUAUUGCACAUCCCUCUGGGGCGGUUGCAAAUCUCACACGGUCUCGGUUAGAAGCAGCAACAUCCUCAACGGCAGAAUAUCAAUCUGUAAUACGUACCUUGACAGAAGACCGUGAUAACCUUCGUGAGCAACUUCACCUCACCGUGGCCGAAAACAAGGAGCUCCAGAUGAUGAACUUCUCCUUGCAGAACUCCCUCAGCCGAACGAAAUCUAUUCUAGAAAAGAGCAGUGUUCUGGUGGAGAGCCUAGCAGGUAGCAACUCUCCGAGGAAGGAGCCUCGUGCUCAGAGGAGCCCCCUUCACGAGGCCACCAUGCACAACGACAUUGAGAGGGUGAAGGAGCUAAUUGCACAUGCAGGAGAAGUGGAUGAACGAGGAAAUACAUCACUGAUGGCUGCAUCCAGGCUGGGGUAUUUCGAAAUAGCGUCGGUCUUAGUAUCCCAUGAGUCUAGGUAUAGAAACCAGUUUGGAGACACCGCGCUGAUGUUUGCCGCCGUCUCAGGCCACUGCUCUAUCGUGGAGCUAUUGGUGCCGUACGAAGCAACAAUCCAAAACGAAUCGGGACUCACAGCACUGAUGCUUGCAGCAGAGGCCGGACAUAUAGGCUGCGUGCAGCUGCUCAUUGGGUUUGAAGUGAGAUUGGUGAACAAGCAGUACGAGACUGCACUUGUGCUAGCAGCUGCAAAUGAUCGCCCAGAGUGCGUACGUGUUCUAGCUGAGUAUGAAUCUGGGCACAGAUGCAUUUCUGUAGAUGAGAAGGAUGGCACUGGAGAAACCGCACUGAUGCGUGCUUGCAAAGCUGGUGCCAAAGAGUGUGUAGAAAUUCUCAUAGGAUGGGAGCACGACAUUCCAGAUAAAGCCGGGAAUAUGCCUGUUCACUAUGCCUCAGAUCCUUGCAUUCUUUCCUAUUUUGACUAG